GCGCCUGUUAAUUACUCCCUGCGCUGCCCAGCUUGGAGUUGCAGAUGACCUUCCGUGGAGCAGGCUUUGGUGAGCUGGGAGCAGAUGAUGUGCUUCAUGGAGGACCGGCCAAUGACCCGUGACAACCGGGGAGGACUCACACGCGCUUCCUCCGGCGUCUCCCACCCCUCCCUCCUGGCUGACGUAGAGAGGAUCCUUCUCUGCCCACGACCGUGGGCGCAGCGGCGUCCGUGGAUAUAAAAAGCUUCCAGGAGAUCCUGGACAUCACUGCUAGAAGCCACAGUGACUCGGUCACCAGAGCUGAACCGCAGCAGAGAUAGCAGCAAGCAGGCACCUCCACGCCGCGCAGGCUAACUCGCUUUCGGCUUUGGUUCGAGAUGGAGACCCGUAGGACCGUGAGGAGCUCCAGCGCUCACAACUUCAAGAGUGGAUUAUCUCUUUGGUUAAUUCUGUGGCUACUGGUGGUGAAGCCCAGUGGGGUUUCUGCCUGUCCAAGGCUGUGUGUGUGUUAUCCUACACCCAUGACGGUCAGCUGCCAGUCCCAGAACCUUACCAUGGUUCCAGCUGGAGUACCCUACGACUCCCAACGAGUCUUUCUGCAGAACAACCGCAUUACAGAGCUUCGCGCAGACUCCUUUGGCUUUGAGACCCAGGUGCUUUGGCUGUAUGGGAACAACAUUACGUGGAUUGAGGCCGGAGCCUUCAGUAACCUGAGGAUACUGGAGGAGCUGGAUCUGGGAGACAACCCCUCGCUGCGGCACCUGGAAGGUGGAGCCUUCAGGGGGCUGGAGAAGUUGCAGAGCCUGCACAUGCAUCGCUGCAAGCUGGCCACUCUGCCCCAUGAUAUCUUCCACAAGUUGUACAGCCUUCAGUUUCUUUACCUGCAGGAAAAUCAGCUCAAUUUUCUGCAGGACGAUCUGUUCUCAGAUCUGGUCAACCUGACCCAUCUUUUCCUGCAUGGAAACCGCAUCCGUGCCCUUUCUGAGAAUGUGUUCAGGGGCCUGGUCAACCUGGACCGCCUCCUUCUCCAUGACAACCGCAUCAAGCAGGUGCACCGCCGGGCUUUCCGUGAUCUUGGUCGUCUGACAAUCCUUUACCUUUUCAACAACUCUCUGGCUGAGCUGCCAGGCCAGACCAUGAAGGACACGCAGGGAAUACAGUUCCUGCGUCUCAACAGUAACCCCUGGUCCUGUGGCUGUGAGUCCCGUCCCCUCUGGGAGUGGUUCCGCAAAGCCCGCAUCUCCUCCUCUGAAGUGGUGUGCAGCUCCCCAUCCCAACGUCGUGGCCAGGACCUCCGAUUUUUGCGGGAGUUGGAUUUCGCCCUCUGCCCUAUUCCUGACCCAGGCUCCCUGGCUGGAAGCACCACAACCACCUUCAGCACCAAGACCCGCUGGUGGUUUUCCAAGAACAAACCUGCAUCUUCAUCAAAGACCUCAUUCCAGAAGAGCUCAGAGAAGUCCUUACCCUCCUCCCACCUAAAGCCUCAGUACCCCAAGAAGCCCGCUGAAACAUUGCCCUUUAAGUACGAACUCUCUGCAGAUGAGGCAGCUCUUCCCAAGCUGGAUCCCGAAGAGUACUUCGCCAACUACGGAAACGAAGAUUCCUCCCUCCGCUGCAUCGAGCUUGACUGCGCUCCUAGCUAUGACAGCGCAGCGUUCCCCUCAUCCUCCUCUUCAACCAUCACUCCAUCUCUGCUCCCCCUCCUCUCCUUCUUCACAGUAACACUCCUCCUCCAUCUCCUUUUAAGUUGAAGUGUUUUCCCUUCUCUCACCUUCUCCUUCCUCUUCGUUUUCCUUCUGCUCUUUCUUGUUUACUCUACAGAAAUUGCAUCAUGAUUCCCUUCAGUUGCCUCCUGCACAUUCAGGGGCGGUGAUUCAGUGAUGCAGGAGUUGGACGAGGCAGCAGGAAGCUGUUUCAGAGAGCAGAGGUCAGAUUAGCUGACGCAGAGAGGGAUCAGUGAGUGGAAGUAGUGCAGUGGAGUCAUCAGAUGCUACUUGUGAUGUCCCAGUCCUUAUCAUGCAGACUACAUGAGCUAAUGAUGGUCUAAUUACCAUUUAGAUGACGGUAGUUGCAUAGAGCAGGGGAUUCACACUUAGUUUGGCGACGUAAAGUGGAGGACUACGCAAAUACUGAGUAUUAUUGAGAUUGAUGAAUGGAUGGAAACCUUACCAGCAACACGCACUUGUAAAAACAGCACAAAAUCACUGUAUAUAAACUUAUUCCAUAUUGUACAUAGAACUAACAGGAUUUGUACUUAUAGUAAAAAUGGAUUGUAUUCACUCCAUAUAUUUUGAAUGGAAGGGAGGCUAGUUAAAUAUUUUUCUUCUUUACAGUUUUCCCAAACACGUCAAUUUACCUUUAGUGUCCUUUAAUGUUUCCUGGACUCACCCAAUCCUUGGCCUUUAUGUUCCUGUUUGUAUGACCUGUUGAUGCGUUUCUUACCAGAGCACCUUUGACAAAAAGACAAGUUUGAAACUGCAUAUCUGUUGUUAGUUGUGAUUUUUUUUUUUCUGGUUUCACCAACAUAUAUGCAAACCAUGAUCAUACAGAUCAUAAGAAUCACCUACAUAAGCUUCAGCAUUCUUUCUCCUGUAUCUGUAGAAAAUGUUGCAGUGACAGAUCGACCCUGUAAUGUCAGUGACGGUCCAAUGUUUGUGCUCAGUCCCACCGACUUUCUACACUGAUCAUAAAUGAUACUGUGAUGUUGCUGGAUUUUGUAUUUUUCAAUGGAAGAUGCUGUUGAAGUGUUUUGUUUAAUAAAGAAAAUGAAAUCAUAA